CUCAACUACUCAAUCAAGAAAGCACUACAAGGCGUGCUCAAAGUACGCCAACUAGGAACCUUUUUACAGAGAAUGAGAUUCUAAAAGUCGGAUUAUCUUUAAUAAUGCGAGCGACUUUAUUGCGCAGGCAUCAGAUUUAGAAUACAUUUUGUGGGGUAAUUUGUGAUGGCAACUACUGAGAUGGAAUCAGGUUCUUCAGAAAGCAGAUCCGAGCAAGGAAUAGCUGACCCUGAUUCAAAGUACCCACUGAAGGUGCUUUACUGUGGAGUGUGCUCUCUGCCUACAGAGUACUGUGAGUAUAUGCCUGAGCCAGCCAAAUGUAGGCAGUGGCUAGAGAAGAAUUUUCCAGAUGUAUUUGCCAGGAUGACAGUUGGCCCGGCAGCAAAUGCACCCAAGCAGGAACCCGGCACUGGAGAUGCUCCCCCUGCAGGCGAGGAGGAGGAGAAAAAGAAACAGAAGAGAGGAGGAAGAGGCCAGAUCAAACAGAAGAAGAAGACGGUGCCUCAGAAAGUAACGAUAGCAAAAAUCCCCAGAGCCAAGAAGAAAUAUGUCACACGAGUGUGUGGAUUGGCAACAUUUGACAUUGACCUUAAAGAGGCUCAGCGAUUCUUUGCCCAGAAAUUCUCUUGUGGUGCCUCCGUUACAGCAGAGGAUGAAAUAAUCAUUCAGGGAGAUUUUACAGAUGACAUAAUUGACGUUAUUCAAGAGAAGUGGCCUGAGGUGGACGAUGACAGCAUUGACGAUCUCGGUGAAGUCAAGAAGUGAAGACCAAAUAUGCACUUUUACAGAAAUGGAUGUGACCUGUAACAGCAACAACCUGGCCAAAUGUACACAUUAAGUCAUUUUAUACUUAUUUUAUUUACUGUACAUAAAGAGCUGCGGACUUGGCCACUCACUUGGCAUUUUUUUUAGUUAAUAGCUGCUUUCUCUCGUUUGCCAAAGGUGUGGUAUGACGUGAAUCCCUCCCAAAAUGUUCUUCACUCGAGCAAACUGUAGGCUAAUAAAUUUCAGUCUCCUUCGCCUGUA